UCCACAUAAUAUCUUACAAAGUUACAAUCAAAGUAUCUUCUCAAGUAUUCAUAAAUUGCUUUCAGUUAGAUGCAAAUGGAGAGCCCAAAAUCACCUCUUCAACCCCCAACGUAUGGAAACUUAGUCACAAUCCUUAGCAUAGAUGGUGGUGGCAUAAGAGGGAUUAUUCCUGCCACUAUCCUUGCUUUUUUGGAAUCGGAACUUCAGAAACUGGACGGAAACGAAGCAAGGCUUGCAGACUACUUUGAUGUUGUGGCAGGAACAAGCACCGGUGGUCUGGUUACAGCCAUGCUAACUGCUCCUAAUAAGGAAGGCCGACCCUUGUUUGCAGCCUCUGAGAUUAAAGAGUUUUACCUUGAGCACUGCCCAAAAAUCUUUCCUCAAAAUCAUUUCCCAUUCUCUGCCACCAAGAACUUGGUGAAGUCCUUGACUGGUCCCAAGUAUGAUGGUGAAUACCUUCAUCAACUUAUCCAUGCCAAGUUGGGUGAUACAAGGUUGCAUCAAACACUUACUAACGUUGUCAUUCCAACCUUCGAUAUCAAGCAUCUUCAACCUACUAUAUUUAGUAGUUACGAGGUGAAGAAAAAUCCUCUCAAGAACGCAACCCUCGCUGACAUAACAAUCUCAACUUCAGCAGCCCCUACAUACUUGCCUGCCCAUUUCUUCAAAACUCAUGAUUCAGCCGGAAACGUGAAAGAAUACAAUCUUAUUGACGGGGGAGUUGCAGCUAACAAUCCGGCUUUGGUGGCCAUUGGGGAAGUGACAAAAGAGAUAACAAGAGGGAGCAGUGACUUUUUCCCUAUAAGACCAAAUGAUUACGGAAGGUUUCUUGUGCUUUCUCUUGGAACUGGAACUAGUAAAUCAGAAGAGAAAUUCAAUGCAAAUGAAGUAGCUGGAUGGGGAAUGUUGAGUUGGUUAACACACGACAACUCUACACCUCUCAUUGAUACUUUCAUGCAAGCGAGUUCCGAUAUGGUUGAUUUUCAUCUCUCUGCUGUUUUUCGAGCUCUUCACUCUGAAGCCAACUAUAUUCGAAUCCAGGAUGAUACAUUAAAUGGGGAUGCUGCUUCUGUUGAUAUUUCUACCGUUGAGAAUCUCGACAUUCUCGCCAAGACAGGAGAUGAACUUCUCAAGAAACCUGUUUCAAGAGUCAAUCUUGAGUCGGGAUGUAACGAAAAUGCUUAUGAAGUGACGAAUGAAAAGGCCCUUAUAAAGUUAGCAGGAAUACUAUCAAAAGAAAAGAUGAUCCGAGAUUCGCGAUCUCCUCAUGGAAAAAAGCCAAAUAGCAAAUAAAAGAUCAUUAGUUUAUCCUUUCUCUAGUUUUUGUUGUUAAUGUUUAUUUUUCUUUUCUGUUAAAUAGAAAAUAAAAGAUCAUUAGUUUAUCC